CGCGAGGUUACCAUAUAUUUGCGUACUUUGUAUCGUUGUUCGCCGCUCAUGCGAUGAUUUUUCGAGCCAUAUUUUCCUGAAUCAGCUAGUGCUCGAUGAUAUUUCAAGGUCAACAGAUCGUUUUGUGUGAAGAGCAAUAUGUACGCAACGCUGUAACUAUCUAAUCUGGAAGCUUUAAUUCCUUGACCUUGAUCACCCGAGCUUCGACCUCUGACCCCUGUGGCAUUAAGACUGAUGGAUGACUCGGUGCUUACUGAUGAUUCCAUGGAGAACUUUGAUGGGGAGCGGCCGAAGGGAGAGAGAUGGGCCCCCGUCGGCGCUGUAGCCCCUUCGCCCCCUACCAUCAUGGGCGAACAGAGUCAUGUUAACAUGGCAGAUCAGUUGAGAAAUCUCGAAGAGGAACAAGAACAGCUGAAUUCUUCUCUCCUUGCACUCACUUCUCACUUCGCCCAAGUCCAGUUCAGACUCAAGCAAGUUGUCACAUCAGAGGGUGAAGAGAAAGAGAAUUUACUGAAGGAGCUGGAGGAAUUUGCUUUCAAAGGAUGUCCUGACGUGAGAGGAUCCAAGUCUCAAGAUGCAAACACGUUAGAAGAUGAUUGUGAACGAGAGCAUGAGAGUAAAAUCUCAGAGCAGAGAGAGAAGCAAGCAGAGCUCAUCAGCCAACUGAAAAAUCAACUGGAAGAUAUCGAGACGUUUGCAUAUGAGGAGGGCACUGGGAAUUUGCCACACACAAAGGUGAUGGAAAAACAAGGCACCAUUAUUGAUCAGCUGAAGAACAAACUUGACCUCAAUCUAGAAGACUUUGAGAAACUCUCCACCGAGGAACUCAAACAGAGGGUCGACAGUGCCAUAGGGAGGAUCGUCAACCCAGCCAAAGUCAAAGAACAGGUGAUACACCAACUCAAGAACCAGAUCGUUGAUCUGGAGAGAUUCAUCAACUAUUUACAAGAUGAGGCGCAAUCUCCUCUGGUCUUAUCAGCUAACGACGAGCCGUGCGAAUGUGAGGUCCACAAACUUGCCCCGCCUUCUCGUGAUAUCGAUGCUGGUUCUGACGGAGGAUCAGACACCCAAUGCUGCACACAUCCUGGUGGUAUAAAAAACAGGAAGAAAGUCAAAGGAAAAACCAAAGAAGAACUUAAGAAAAUCAGAGAGUCCAACAUUUCUGCCAUGAAGAAAGCCCUUGCCGUCCUCCAGUAUAUCACGAUUUCACAGCUUGGUUGCGGGACGGACAGAAUGAAAGAAAGACCGCGAAGAGCAAAGGAUGACAUUGGAGCUGAUUACUAUGACCUCUUGCAAAACUUGGACAAGGCUACGGAGCGAGUGAUUGAACUAGCACGAAAGAAACAGAUCCAAGAUGAGGAAGAAAGAGACUAUGCCAGCGACUCAUCUGAUAGCCCUGUAAGUCGGCCGCUUGAUGAUGUCACUAUAGCAGUCAGGAGAGAACUUGCUCCAGCAUUGAGGGCGCUGUUCGAACAUGGAUUAAUCAGGAUGAGUACAAGUCAAGCUCUAAUGACACCGAUCACUGCUUGUCUUGCCCCCAGAAGUACUGCAGGACAGACUGUCCACGCAUGGGAAGUCUUCAGCAAGUAUUUUGAGAUCAAGAAAGGAAAGCAGUUUGCCGAAUCGCCUGCUCGCCGUCUCUCACAAGCCUUUGACCUUGACAUCGUUGGCGGAACGGCCAUCACUUCACGACAGACUCUUCUCGCCGCCAUAGACCAUGUAGAAGAAACGCAUGAACCGCUCAGAAGAAGCCAUGAAGCUCGGUUCAAGGCCUUCGUCUGUCAAGCGCUCAAUGAGCAGAAGUUGGCCUCUUGGUGCAGACUGGUAUGCAGGACGCAUACUCUGAUGGAUAGCUUCUACCAGUCAUGGAGUUAUAUGUUAAGAUCAGGAUUCGAUGGCGGGAUUCAAAUAUUGGACAAACUAAGCGACAUCAAGUUCUGCCUGCCCGUUGACCUUGCCAUUAAGCAAUUCCAGAAUAUCAAAGAUGCCUUCUAAACCUGAUACAUGUACAUCAACACGUUUUCCAACCCCUUCAUCUCUUAAGUGCGAACACACUGGUAGUCAUAAGUACAGCUGACUGUGUAGAUGCAAUAUGAACACAGGUUUCCUGUAUUAUAGUGGUGAU